AUGCAUGCUCCAUCGAUCCGUCAUUCUGCAUUUCGAUGCAUGCAUGCCGCAACCACAUCGCCGUCUGUCUCUUCGACAUCACAACAGAGCGCCAUCCAGCAACUUCAGGGUGACGCUGCUCUGCCACUGGUAGACCUCGCCGACAAGCUCGCCGGCCUCACGGGCAAGUCGACCCAGAUCUACGGUGCUGACGACAAGGCUAAGACCACCACCAAAGAAUGGCUUCAGAAACUCGACAAGUCCGAUGAGCAGCAGCUCGUCUCUCCCGAAGGUCUCAAAUCGCUCAACGAGCAGCUUGACAGCGUCACCUACCUCUCCGCCAACGAGCCCACGGUGGCCGACCUGGCUCUCUUUGCUUCCAUCUACCCAGCCGUGUCGAAGCUGCAGCCCGCAGAACAGCAUGCCAACCCAUCUGUGGCACGAUACGUCUCUCACUUGUCAAACCUCUCAACCGUGGCCAAGGCUGCCAACGCAGCACAGCUCGGGUUCACCUCGUUCGAGCCCACGUACGACGGCAUGCCCGCCAUCGAGCGUGCCAAGCCCGAAGAUCUCAAGAAAGCCAAGAAGGCCAGCAAGGAAGCAGCGGCUGUAGCCGCCGGUGGAUCCAAGAAGGAAGCCGCUGAGCAGCAACAGGAGCAGCAGCCCAAGAAGGAGAAGAAGGAAAAGAAGGAGAAAGCACCAAAGGAGGCCAAGGCUGGGGGCGGAGGAGGCGGUGGAGGCAAGAAGGGCGGCGCUGCUGCUGCUGCUGCGGAUACCACCGGCCCCAUCCCGUCUCAGGUCGACCUGCGCGUAGGCAAGAUCGUCUCGAUCGAGAGGCACCCGGAUGCCGACGCUCUCUAUCUCGAGCAGGUCGACUUCGGCGAGGCCGAUGGUCCGCGAACCAUCCUCAGCGGUCUGGUCAACUUUGUGCCCAUUGAAAAGAUGCAGAACCGCAUGGUGAUCGGCGUAUGCAACCUCAAGCCCGCAUCGAUGCGAGGUAUCAAGUCGUACGGCAUGCUUCUCUGCGCCACGCACAAGGACGGCAAGGAAGGCGGUGUCGAGCCUGUCGUGCCUCCCGAGGGAAGCCAGCCAGGCGACAAGGUCUGGGUGGAGGGCUUCGAAGGUCGCGAGCCCGAAGCUGUGCUCAACCCCAAGAAGAAGAUCUUUGAGACGAUCCAGCCAGGAUACACUGUGACCGACAAGGGAGAGUGCGCCUGGGUCGGCGCUCUGCCCGACGCCGCGGAUCCAGAGGCGGACAAGAAGCCCCGCUUGCUGAAGACCGAAAAGGGUGUCCUGUCUUCCGGCUUUGUCGGCGCUUCCUUGUCUUAG